CAAAGCCACACACCCCUGGCAUAUACGGAACGGUGGAUGACGGUUCCCAUCAUGCCCCAUGAUUCCUUACUUCUUGUGUCUCAUGUGCAGCCAACUCACUCUUUGGAUGUGUGCCAGGCACGGCCGGGCGUGCCUGGACGGGCUGGUCUCGAACCUCCAGCCCACGUUGGAUUCCUUCGCCCGGAAAUUAACACGGCACGUCAAGCCAAUCACGAAGCUGCCGAGCACCCACCCGCAGCCUCAGGCACGGCAGGAGAGGAGCCAUUUGAUUAACUCAUUAAUCGAGAUUAGAUGCCGUUCGCUUCCAUGGCCAGGAAUUUGGCCGGCACUGAAGUGAGUCGACCAUCGGAAAAGAGCCGACUGUUGCAGGAAUUAGCCUUUGCUGGAUUCGUAGCACAGUCUCCCACUAUUUUUCGGGGUGACGAAUAUCCGUCCUUAUUAUGGUGUAAUCAGAGUGAAGGAACACAUGUUCGAG